AUGGCUUUCCCUUGCCAUUUGUUGAACUUUUGGAGAAGUCCAAUCCUCUUGUGGCAGCCACAACAGAGGGGUUCAUCCUUGGAGCCUCAUACUCCUCAAAGUAGUAGCACUCAGGCUCACCCAAAUCCGCUUCCUGGACGUUGUCCUCAGCUCGAUCCUCAGCUCGAUCGAGCUCAGGCUCCUCUUCUCGCAAAUCCUCUUCAUGCCCAACUAAUGUGUACACAGGGGAUCCCUCAAGCACCACCACCUUCAUGGGAUAGUCCUCCAAGACCAUCCACUUUGAAGACAAAGAAGAAACUUCUUCCUUACCUUGAAGCAGCCGACCUGGAGACGUCUAGCCAAGCCGCAUCACACCAAGAAGAACACCUUCUAGCCACACCAGAAGAGGAGAUUAACCCUGAGCUGAUCGAGUUCGUGAAGAGAGAUCAAUUCCAUGAUCUGUUUUCAGAGUAUGCACUGGAGCACAUAGAUCACUUUGACAAUCCUUUGUGA